ACGUACAAGAAUUGCCAGCAUUUAAUCUUUAAUCGCCAAAGUUUAUAACCCUUGCAUUUGUGAUGAACGCACCAGAAACAUUUGAGCCUUUCCUGUUAUUAGAUGGAGAAAAGAAAAUUACUAUUACUAAAGAUACUAAGGUACCAAAUGCGGCACACUUUAUUGUAAACAAAGAAGAUCACACGUUAGGAAAUGCAUUGAGAGCACAACUUCUUAGAGACCCACAAGUGAUAUUUGCUGGAUAUAAGAUCCCACAUCCAUUAGAGCAUAAGUUUGUCCUCAGAGUGCAAACAACUUCAGACUACAGUCCCCAGGAGGCUUUUACUAAUGCAAUUACUGACAUGAUUAGUGAGGUGUCACUUUUGGAGGAAAGAUUUAAGGCUGCAAUCAGAGAAAAGCAUGAAGGGAUUGAGUGAACAUUACUGUCAAUUCAGAUUAAUCAUGGCAUAAACCUUACAAAGACAACACUUUUCACUGUCUUCUUUCUUGUGUUACAGAACUAAGAUUGGUAUCAAUAUAAGCUUUGUAUCAUGUUUAUUUCUUGUAAAUAGGAUUCUUUGUCAAGGACUAUGUGACUUAUUUGUGCCUUUUGUAAUUGUGAUUUUUAUGGCCACAAGGUUUUACCAGGUUAGGAUUAGAGUUGUCCCUUCACACAUUUGUUUUUAUCACGUGGAUUGAAUGUGUAUUAUAUUUAUAUUAAAAGUCAAUAAGGAAACUGUCCAGG